AUGUCAACAUCCUCGAUAUCAACUACUCCGAACACAUCUCAGGGACCUAGUGGUCAACGUCAAGAAGAAUCAACUGUAAAAGUCAAUUUAUCAAACUUGAAUGAUCCGAUUUUAAAUUUUCUUCAUCAACCAACGCCAACCAAACCAAAUUCACUGAGCAAAAAUGAUUUAAUCGAUAAUCAAAAUGGUAAAGAUAAAGCCAAAUCACAAUCACAAUCACAAUCACUAUCACAAUCACAAUCACAGUCCUCUUCAACUAGUCAAUUAUCAAAAGAUAAAAAGCUACCUUCACUUGUAGUUAAACAAGAUCAUAAUUUAAAAUCAUGCUUAUCACAAUCAUCACCAAAUGGUGAACAUACAAAUAAUAUUCCAUCAAUAGAUCAUCAAUUUAAUUCAAAUCAACAUCCUCAGUUCAUAUCGAAUGAUAAUAUAGCUCCUAAUAAACAUGGAUUAAUAUCAGGAGAAGAUUAUGCAAGUGUUGGUCAUUCAAAUUUUACUCCAAUAAUUUCAUCACAAGGAAGUAUAUCAUCUUCAGUUACUUCACCCCAACAGUCAGCUAGGAACCCUACAUCUCCUCCAAUCUCAUCACCGCUUAUAGGUUUAAAUCAUCAAUCACCACCGAUUUCACAACAACAAUCACAACAAAACCAAAAUCAACCUCAAACUCAACCUCAACCUCAUCCUCCAGUAUCAAGAAUGAAUUCUUUAAGAUAUUCUAAAAUUGAUGAUAAAAAAUUUAUUGAAACUACAAGACAGUUAUCAAAUAAUAAUUCUGAAGAAAAAUUACAAAGCUUGGAUGAUUCACUAACUCCAACUGAUGAUAAUAAAUUACAUUUAUUAAUUGGAAUAAGUGGAUGUGUGUCAAUACAUAAAAAUAUUUUUUUAAUUAUUGAAAAAUUAUUUGAAUUAUAUACUCAUGAUAAUUUAGAAAUUCAAGUUGUAUUAACAAAAUCAGCUGAAUAUAUUUUACUGGAAAAAUUACAUAGAUUAAAUGAAAUGGGAGUUAAAGUAUGGUUUAGUGAUGAUGGUGAAAAAUACUUUUUAACUUCACCUUUUCAAAAAGUUUAUUCAAAAGCUGUUGCAACUGGUAAUAAAAAAUUAAUAACUCCUCAAAUUAUGCAACAAUAUAGUUUAGCUUAUGAUUUACAAAGAUGGACUGAUGUCUUAUUAUUAGCUCCAUUAUCUGCAAAUACAAUGGCAAAAUUAAUUAAUGGAUUAGCAGAUAAUUUAUUAACUGAUAUUUUACAUGUUUGGCCAAUACCUUUAAUUCAUCAUAUAUCAGAUUCAAUAAAUUCUCCACCUCAACAAAUUUCACUGGGAGCAGCCUCUAUUGCCGGCUCAGUUUCAGCCUCAGUUACUAAUUCAGCUUCAAAUUCUGGAACUGAAAAGAAAGAUACUACUAUAAUAUCAAAUAAUUUAAUUGCACCAAAACCAAUAGUUGCAGCAUUAGCAUUAACAAAUUCAAUGUAUUCUCAUCCAAUCACUAAAAAACAAUUGGGAUUAUUACAAGAAACUUAUCCAAAUAUGAGUAUUUUGAAACCAGUUGAGAAAUGCGUUGAUAUGGAUGGUAAUAUUGCGAUGGGUGGUAUGAGAUCAUGGAGAGAAGUUGUUGAUUUUGUAUCUAAAAAAUUAGGUCCACCACCACCUGAUGAUGAAGAGGAACAAUACAAUGAAGAUAAUGAGGAUGAUGAUGAGGAAGAUGAAGAUGAAGAAGAAGAGGAGGAAGUGGAAGUUGUUGAAACAAGUACUAAACCAGAAAUAAAACAAUCAUCGAAAGAUCAAACUAGUGCUGUUCUUGAAAAAUCACCGAAACGUAUAAAAUCACCAUCAUUAUCACAACCUAAAAAGCUAGAAGUUCACAAUGAAGGAGAAAAAAUAUCAUCAAUUAUAAGUAAUGAACCAACCGUUAAUAAUGAAUUAAAUGAUCAAAUCAAUUCAACAUCAUCAUUAUCAUCAACUACAAAAUCGUAUCCAUUAUCAAGCACUAAUAAACAACAACAACAAGAUAAAGAUAAUUGCUGCACAAGAAGAAGAGGUAAUACAAUAACUAAAAAGGAAUUAGCAGAGCAUGAAAAAUUGGCAAGUCAAAAUGCUAUAUUAAAUUCUGGUAUUGGUGUAAUCCAUGAAGCUUAA